AUGAGAUAUGUGGACCUGUAUGUAGCAAAGGCGAUCAACAUUUCCGAGGAAGAGGCGGAGCUCUUCAGGACGAACCAUUUUGUUCCUAGCAAGGGUGAAUGUCCUAUAGUCCCUGUCGCAUUCAUGGUACACCAUUCGGAUCAUUUCUUCGCCGUCAUCUUCGACUUUCAAAGACUUACAGCACAUGUACUGGGUCGCCAUAUCUCAGCCAGUGCUAUGCAUAUAGAUGGAGUUGAUCCACACGACUGGAAUGACUGGGGUGGGCCACAGUAUUGGAGGAGAAUUGCAUCGCUUCAUGGCUGGAGUCCAGGGGACGUCGAUAUCGUGACAGUACAAACUAGAGAUUGGACCCAAAAUGGAGUGGACUGUGGUCCCAUCGCAUGCUCCGUGCUGGAGCAAAGCCUUAUCUCAGGAAUGGACGAGCAUGGUCACCUACCACUGUUUCAAGUGCAAUGUGGUCACAAGCUCCGCAUAGAGAUGUUGCGCGUGGUAGCUGGACGUAUCAAGAUGAGUUGUAGUGAUUACCUCAUGCUCCUCGACAACCGACCGGAUGAUUGGCUAGAAGACGAUUUGCCAGACGAGGAGAUCAUCAAUUCCAUUCAGAAUGGGCGGCAUCAGGCCGAAUGCCUCGAGCUCUUGCGUAAAUUGACGAUCAUCAGCGCUACAUGCUCAGCAUGCCAAUCUCCCAUCCUCAACCAGGAAGGAAGCAGCCACUUGCACCACGGCGGGAAUCCUGCCCAACUUUUCAAAGCGAACAAAGAACUGGCUGGAUCCCGCAACCGCAAUGCAAUUCCUGCUCGUGCUGUUGGGACUCAUCUUCAAAUAGAAUCAGAGCCGUCAGCUGAAACAGAUGGUCAAGUUGAUUCUCAACGCUCCAAAUCGGCCUCAGCAACUCGUAAGCGAGUGUCAAACUGGAAUCUGGGAAGCAACAAACGAUUUCCUCGACCCAUCGCUCCAGUACCACUAGUGGCAUAUUCAGGUAGAAGAUGGCUUCAAGACGAUAGGACCUUCGAUGAUUAUGAGGGUGGGCCUACAAUAGAGAUGCUGAGACCUCCGAGGGACGUCAAUCCUACAAUGACAUUCCAGGAUGGAGGCAUGCAGCUGUCCACGGCUUGGGUGGACUGGGUCGAUCACGGUUAUAGGAUUUCCCCUAGCUCGUUCCACAUAUUCUAUCAAUGCGACCCCAUAGCUACCAUGGCACACAUCAUGCCGAUUGGUACAAACGACUGCUACGAUGCAUCCAAUCAAGUGCCAGAUCGCGUCACAGGAGAAUACACCCUGGACCGGCAAGGGUCUGACCAGGAUGUACGCUGCACGCGGGUAUCAGACGUGGAAAUAGUGUCUGCAUCUGAAAUCAUAGAUUCUGCGCAGUAUGACCCUCCACUGCAUGAUGAGUGUAGGUUUGGACACAAUGCUUUUGUUCGUGGCCGCUCUAGUCAUCGGUAUGGAGAUGGACCUGCGUUGUAUAUUGAUCUCGAAAAAGAUGCAAUCCAAUUUUCGGAAGAUGAGAUAGAGAUCUCGGUGGACAUAGACAGCAUCAUCUGGACCACGAAGACAUUCCGGUGCAGAGGAUCCGUCGGCAUUUAUGUGACUCCACCAUUUCAAGUGAAACCUGGGAUAUUCAAGCAUAACCAUACAUAUGUCGACAUCACAAUUCCACAGUCAGAGGCCGAUGCACAUGUGCCCGGGGGCAGGACCGAAUGGCUGUCCAAACGCUUCCCCAUGUCUGCAAUCCCUCAUGCUUGCAUUGGGCGGAUAUCAUCUGCUUCCUCAACGCUGAAUCUUUAUAUCGCAUUUCCAAGAAUGAUUCACCGACACCCAGUGAACGGCCGGAGAAUCACACUCAUUCCCCAGGAGGUCUUGGACAUCUUCUGGGAUAGGGUGUUGCUGCCUUCCAUAGGAGAUUGCACGGAUGCGAGCUGGGCCCCUUACCUCAAGCACACAUUGGAGGAGGCGCGAUACAAGGCUAAUGGAGCGGGAGGACGUAGAGGGGGAUGGGGACCGCCCAAAUCAAUUCCCCUAUCUGAUGAUGACUUCAAGGAUGUACAGGAACGCAUGCAGGAUCGAAUUCGCGAUGGAGAGGCUGAGCUGAGUAUGUUUGGGUCGUUGUUCUUCAUCCUGGAAGGAAAGGGCAUAAAGCUGCUCACGAAGGAUGGUCAGAGAGGACGUUUCUCAGGACCAGAAGAGGCCCUUCGUCGAAACCUGUCUGACCUCGACUGGCCAUACAUGAUGAACAGGCAACAUGGAGAACUUCUUGUGGACGUCGGGAUCUCAUUCACACCACGCUCACCAGAUGUACCCGUCGUGGGGGUAUGGAGAUUGGACGCACUUGAAGCAUCAUUUGGUGCAGGGGGGUACAAGAGAGGCGAGAUGCAUCAUCACAACACACUCUCGAGAUACGGUGCACUGCAGGCCGAGAUGCAGCAGGAGAGGGCCCAGCAGACGCACAUUGCAUUCCGAAGCACCUACAACCUCUACUAUGAAUCCAUCCGGACGAACAACAACCGCGUGAGCUUCGCUUCCGACAGCGAUGCAUACAAGCUUUCCCCACCAUACAUGGCUGAAUGCUUCGAAAUGGUCAAGGUCAUCGAUGGUUGCAAGGAGAAAACAUAUGGGGUCAGGGACGAGUACAGAGUGAGUGGACAAGCAGCCAGAAUAAUGCUGGAGAAUAUCGAAACCAAGGCCACAGAAUAUCUGCGAUCUGAUCCAGUGCUGUGGAUACCAUCGAAGGUCUGGUUCGAGCUUAUUAGAAGAAGGGUUCGGGAGCUUCAGAGGACCCAGAUAGCCAUCGUCAGAAAGAAUCCACCAAACCUCGGCAUCCUCACCGGCCUGCUGAACCACAUGCUUCGUUCAACGACAUCCACCCCCAUCAUCUAUGACUUCCAUGUCCGCGAGUCCCUUGCUCUCCUCGAGUACAGAAAUGUGCUAGAGACAGCGGGAAUGUUCUUCUUGCAGGAAUUCGAUCUCGCCAGCGAGACAUGCUUGGAUGAAGUGCAGCAAGUCGAUGAUGUGAAUGUGCUGGCUCUCAUGGGCGUAAACGCAAAGGCUCAAAGAGAUAGAGCAGUAGGACGAAAAAAUCCACAGGCAAUGGCUGAAUCAGAGGUUGAAGACUAUCCCCUCGGUCGGACGCCGACGUGGACUCGACUCAAGUCAGCCGUAGCAAACUCUCCUGCCAUGAUCAUGAGACCAUGGUCUUGGUCUUCCAGGUUGUUCAACAUGGACCUGUCCGUCGGACGAUUGUUCAUCAUGUUCACCAGACACAUAUGGCUCAUGCUGACAACUGAAGUCUUGAAAGGCAUCACACCCCACCCAAGCUCACUGCAGGAGGCGAUGAAGUGCUGGACCAUAACGAGUGUCGAUGACAUCCUUUCUGCUGUCGCAUUUGAAGCCUGCAAUUCCGGACUGCAAGACCACACUGGAGUCACGGCCGGUCGGAUGGGUCCCAGGUCCAGAGGCUUUGGUGACAGGUCCACUCUAUUCUUCCCUGAUCCCGAUGCGUCCUACAAGGACAACACUCAGUGGUCCACGCUAUGGGAGGGAGAUGGAUACAUUGCAGAAUUUCACAGGACUAUGCAGACUAUGGACGAGGAUCAGCAAGCAUCGUUGAAGCAAGGAUUAUCCGAGGUGUUUUCGGAGGUUCAUUGUCUCCCAGCCAGUGGGUCAAGAGUGUGGACACAAAAGAAUGAUGCCAUCGUGUUUAUCACAAACCCCACAUUUUACAGGAUCGACUGCAUCGGAAGGGGAGGCGACCGUCAGCAGAGGGUCACCAGAGCACGUCGUACAAUGAAGUUGAUCAAGGGAAAGCGCAUAUUUGCAGCUGACCUGAUGGACUCACAACCCUUUGACACCGAUGGUAAUCUGAGAAGGAAGACCGAGAGACAAAAGCGUCAGGAGAUUCGCAAGAAAAUGACGAUGACCAAGAGAAAUCAGAGAAUCCCCCCUCCCCCACGUUCUCGCAAGCUCCAGCCGUUUCCCAUGCACAUAGGACAAUCUUUGGAAGGAGAACAUGUAGUGGCUGUAGAUUAG